AUGAGAAUCGAAGGAGAAUUGCAUGGACUGGACCCCGAUUCUGAGGCAGAUGAACAUGAUGGGGUUGAAAAACCGCCAAAGAAAAAGCGCAAAUCAGAUCAACAGAAACAGACCAAAACCGCGCCCAAAACCACAUCCAAACCCGCAUCUAAACCCGCAUCUAAACCCACACCCAAAACCACACCCAAGACCGCAUCCAAACCCGCAUCCACUCAGAUCUCUCAUCGCCAAGCGCAAUCACCCUUACUAGUGCAAAUAAAAAAACUUUGGGAACAACUUCGCCAAAAGAACAUCUCGCCGUCCACUCGCUCGUCUCUACUCUCUGAUUUGCUUCAAAUGAUUAUGGGUAAAAUCGGAGAUUUAGUUCUCAAGCAUGAUGCAUCGAGGGUUGUUCAAACACUGUUGAAAUUUGGGAGUAAAGAACAGAGAGGAGAGGUUGCAAAAGCAUUAAAGGGAAAAUAUGUGGAAUUAGCAAAGAGCACUUAUGGAAAGUUUCUGGUCUGCAAGAUUUUAAAGUAUUGUCCCCAACACAGAGAUGACAUUAUAAAAGAAUACUACGGUCAGGUUCGCAAACUAAUAAAACAUAAAGAAGCUUCUGAAGUCAUAGAAGAAGCAUAUAACGUGGGAAAGGCGACCCAUCGAUCGGGAUUAAUGCAGGAAUUCUAUGGGCCGGAAUUCAUUUUUUUCAAGACGCCAACACCACAAACACUUUCGGAAAUCCUCUCCGCCUCCCCGCAUAAAAAAGACAUUAUUCUCAAAAAUCUCGCCCAAUCUAUAUCCAGCGUAUUAGACAAGGGAACUAUCAAGCAUAGCAUUACUCACCGUGCGUUGUUGGAUUAUUUCACCAACGCUGAUGAAAGGCUACUCGCUGAUAUGAUUGCUAUGGUCAGCGAGCGGGUACCAGAAAUAUUGCAUACUCGAGAAGGAUCAAAGGUCGCUAUGUUGUGCGUCGCACGCGGAACUUCAAAGAAUCGAAAAGUCAUAAUAAAAAGCAUGAAGACAUAUAUCAAUAAGAUAUGCUGCGAUGAACACGGACAUUUGGUUCUGUUGACAGUCUUUGACGUUGUCGAUGAUACAACGCUAGUAGAAAAUGCAAUUAUAAAAGAAAUUGGAAAGAAUCUCCAACAGAUUAUAGAAGAUAAAUACGGUCAUAGAGUAAUUCUUUAUUUACUAGUUGGGCGAUCUCAAAUGAUAUUGAGCAAAGGAAAUAUUGACUUGUUGUCGUCAAUGGAUGAAAUACGAGCCAAGACAAGCAAAAAAUCACCCCAGGUUCGCAGCCAAGAACUUUUAAAGGCGAUAUCCUCACACUUGAUUCCUUAUUGUGAAUCGAAUACAUCGAGCCUACUUUCACAUCAUUUUGGCGCACAAGUACUCUGUGAGACAAUGCUCCAUGCCCAGGGUGACAAAACACAAACUCUUGUCAAUAUUGCCACUCUUGCUCGCGGCUCCCCUCGCACAAACCCAGACCACAUAAUGCUAUCAAUGGUCAAUCGUACAUUAAAAACGCUCGUGCAAGGUGGACACUAUAGAGGUUUAAAAAAAGACAAGUCCUCUGAUAAAGUAGAUCUACACUUUGGAAAAAUGUUGAUGGAUGCAAUACGUGAACAUUUGACAACAUAUGCAAAAGGCGCAACGAGUUCUUUCGUUAUAUUAGCCCUCUUGCACGAUGAGGAUGUUGGUGAAGAGGUUAAGCGGACUAUAAUUGAAAACGCAGAGGACUUGAGAAAUCAUGCAGGCGAACUUGGAGUCAAAUUAUUGUUGGAAGAGGCCGGGACCGAGGUGGCAAAGCCGCAAAAGAAUGACAAAAAAGUCAGAGCAAAUAAAACAAAAUCAAGUGGUGUUGUUACUAGAAGCAAGAGGAGAAACAUGGAAAAUAGGUGA